AAUAAUACAUUUGUGCUUUUGCUCUAAUCGUUCUUCUUCUUUUUUCCUUCUUGAAUCUGUUACCAUUCUCCUUUUGACAGAAUCGCAUAACGUUUUUCAUGGAAGUCCAGCCGUCCAGGUAUAACUUUAGAUAUAGAAAACCGUAUAAAAUGCAAGCGUGAGUAUCGGUCCUGCAAUGCAGCCAAAUUAUGGGCUUCUAAGCUUGCACUUGAAAUUGCUUGACUCGGGUUUCAAGAGCAUUAUUCCGGUGAGGGAUUCCCUUAAUUGUGCAUUUAACUCAGCAACAACCUAUAGGUUGGCAGGGUAAUUAUCUUUUGCCUUCAUACGUGAAAUUCCAGGUUAAUCAAGAAUGGCAAGAUCGGUUACAACAUACUCAACAGGAGGAAAAUUUUGUUGCAAGCUUGCAAACUUGGGUUUGGCUGCCACUUCAGGGCUCAAUUUGAUAUCUCUGUGUUAAAUCUGCUUUGCCAAACAUUGCGGAGGCAUAUAAAUUGGGGGUUGCAUUCCCUCAAAGUAUACAUAGCUUGUAGACAUAUAUUUGAAUAACAGUUUUAGCAAUGUAGCAUACAAUCCUCAACCUAAGCCCCUAUUGUCAUGGUUAAAAGGACUUUUUUUUUCCCUUAUUGGAUGUGGACGAGCAAUCUGAGAUUUAUAAAAAUGGCAAACCUCAAUUGCCUCAUGAAGCAAAAAUAAUCAAUCAAUGAGCGAGAUUUAGUGAAAAAAAAAAAAAAAAUUGAAUUCAUUACCCACAGAAAUGUCCGUUUGAGGAUAUGAUCAUGGUUUGAGAGUCCGUGCUAAUCUUUCGCUUCCAACCAAGUGGAGAACCUGCAGAUCAGGUGGGCCAUGAGCUCAAGCACGAUUUUCU